ACGGUAUUUAAAUGACUCAAAAAUGAAAUCGGUGGCAAAAUUUCCGAAUUUUCUGCGAAUAUUUUGUGUAAUUCUCGUGUUUCACGGCGCCACCAGUUAUCCAGAACAGGGCAUAUGGGAUUUCGUGCUAACGAAGCGGAACACGUACAUUCCCAUUCCCAAAUCACUCUACGAUGGUUUUAGCAUUUUCGUUCAGGUUACUUGCGAACCGGCACAGGUCCGAAACGGAGCGGAUGGACCGCUGCUCGUGAACAUUUCCUGGAGCCUCCGGGAACUGGAGUGCUGGCAGGAAUACGUCAGCUACACCUACAUUCUGCAAGAUGAACGGUUCCUGAUGAAGAACAAUUACCAGCUCAAUUCCAACGUGUCCACGUUUGUGUGCAGCAACGAUCGCCACAUCGUGAUUCCGGAAAUGAAAUUCGCUGCCCCCAAGACACCGAGCUCGUUGCCAGCACCUUCUCGUCGGAGCUUGGGAUCGGGUAAUGGGGAACAGCAACCGGUAUUCACGGUAACGAAGGAUGGACUUUACAUCUUUAUGAUUCGAAUCGAGCCGGCCGGUAAGGAACCGGCACGAACGACGGAAGGCGACCAAGAUACGUUGGAUGAUUACAUCGCGAAUGUCCACGUGGAAAUCCGCAGGCCCAGUGGUUACCUAUCUGCUGUCGAUUGGCCUUUGCUGCCGUUCUACGGUGCGAUGUGCUUGGUUUACGUGCUGCUGGGUAUCGUGUGGUUGGCCGUUUCGUUCAUGCAGUGGCGCGAUCUGUUGCGCAUCCAGUUCUGGAUCGGUGGCGUGAUUUUGCUUGGCAUGUUGGAAAAGGCCAUGUUUUACGGCGAAUAUCAGAGUAUCAACUCGACGGGCGUUUCCGUGAAAGGGAUGGUGCUGCUGGCCGAAUGGGUUUCCUGUGGUAAGCGGACCCUGGCUCGAAUGCUCGUCAUCAUCGUGUCUCUUGGAUUUGGAAUAGUAAAACCACGACUAGGACCGAUGCUUCACCGAGUAGUGGGAACGGGGGUGCUGUACUUGGUGCUUGCUUGUGUGGAAAGCUUCCUGCGUAUCAUGCACACGAAAAAUGAUCCAAGCAACCAGAUACUGGUUGCCAGUAUACCGCUGGCCGUCUUAGAUUCGGCAAUCUGUUGGUGGAUUUUCACUUCCCUCGUUCAGACGACCCGUACGCUGAGAUUACGACGGAACAUGGUCAAGCUGUCGCUGUACAGACACUUUACCAACACGCUCAUCUUUGCCGUGCUCGCAUCGGUCGUGUUCAUGCUUUACUCGAUCAAAGUACACCGUUUUGCCGAUUGUUUGACGGAUUGGAGAGAGCUGUGGGUCGAUGAUGCGUUCUGGCACGUCCUCUUCUCUACGCUGCUGCUGGUCAUUAUGAUUCUGUGGAGACCAACAAACAACAACCAACGCUACGCAUUUACACCACUACUGGAUAACCCCGAGGAUGAGGAUGAUGAAGAGGAAGACCAGUUCGUAUCGGAUGCAUACGGCGUGAAGAUGCGUGGUGCCCGAAGUAGCUCUCCGAAACCGUCAUCCAAGAGUGCGACAACUGACGAGGACAACCUGAAGUGGGUUGAGGACAAUAUUCCUGCCGCCAUUGCCGAUGCGGCCCUGCCCGUGCUCGAUUCGGAUGAGGAAAUUAUUAACACAAAGUUUGAAGUGUCCAAGAUGCAGUAGACGAGCACACUGUGUAGGCCACGUUCCCCGCGAAUGGCCACACGGCGCCGUAUUCAGUUUUCGGAAAGCUCGCUCGCACGAUGAGGCGAUCGUCGUCGAUCUUCCUAAUCCACGAACAGUGAUAGUACUACUCCGAACGGCACUAGUCAAACGUUAUGAUUUACAAAAAUGAAAAAAAGAGGAGAAAACGGGCUGACAAGUGCGUCUAGUGAAAGUGGGGUACCGUUCAACAUCCGAGGGGUAGCGGGGAGGGUCCAAGGCGUUUAGUUGUGAUGUGAUUUUGGUUUAUUUUAAUCUAGGAUUAGAGCAAUUUCCUAAUAUGUCCUCUUGCGACAUAGACUCGCACCUAUCUCCACCACCACCAUUCGUUCGGUCCGAGUUAGGACAUACACUACUAUUACUAAUACAACAACAACAACUACUACUACUUCUACUUUGGAUGAUUCUUGCUUUCCUAUCCUUCCUAGCAAUUGCAGCAGCAACAACCACAGCAACCCGAGUCAGGCUUUAGUAUGUAAACAGCUCCUUGGUAGAAGAGGAGAUAGGAGAGCAGGGGUGAAAUGUAAAAUGAAAACACUGACACCAUCUAAAACGACCAUUUGUGGGAUGUAAUAAUGGAUUUUCCUGAACACACUUUACCGUAAGAAUAGAGUAAAAAGUAAAAAAACAACGGUCCGAGCAGUUGAACGGACGAUUCGCGCUAUGAGGUACUAGAAUAAAACGGAUUCAAAAGCUUA